CAAUCUACAUUUGAAUUUCAAAAAAAUCUAUUGUUGUUCAAAGAGGCGAACAGUUUCAUCUAAUAGAAAAAUAAUAUGUAAUAUAUAAUUCCUUCUCUAACGAUGAUAAUAACUGUCAAAUUUGUCAUUACAUCAAUAUUUCUCCAGUUGUUGGAAAUAAAAAAUGUCGAGUUCCUCAAGUGAUGCUGAAGAUGCGGAGAUUAAGGAUUGGGGAAAAUUCCUCAAAAAUCGUGUUUGUCAGGAAGAAUUACCUGGUAUAAUAAAUGAUAAACUAUUAGAGGAUCUUUUGAGGAAACAAAUGGAAGGAAAUGAGAUCGGGAAAUUACUUCUCCAGGACGGUAUACAUUACGAAAAAAUUACCGAAAUGAGGAUUGAAUUUUGUAACAUUCUUCGGAUCGAUCAUUUGUGGAUGAUGAAAAACUUGAAAAUACUCAAAAUGGACAACAAUUUCAUCGAAAAAAUCGAGAAUCUGGAGGACCUAACUCAACUGAUGGAAUUGGACCUAUCAUUCAAUAAAAUAACUAAAAUAGAAAACCUCAAUACCCUGAUCAAAUUGAAAAAACUUUCCUUAUUUGACAAUCGGAUAAGUGCCAUUGAAAAUAUGGACGAUCUAAAAAAUCUGACGAUAUUGAGUAUCGGCAGAAAUUCUAUCAUGGAUUGGAAAAAUAUUGUAUACCUGAGAAGACUACCAGCUCUGCGAUCACUCAAUAUGGCUGAUAAUCCUUGUUGUUCAUUAAAGGACUUCAAGUAUUUUAUAGCGACUUUCUUACCUGAUUUGCAAUACUAUGAAUACCGAUCUAUAACAGCUAUCGAGAGAAAAAUCGGAGAUGAAAUUUUUCAUGACGAUUAUCUUAUGAUGUUAGAGAACGAAAAAACCGAGCUGGGACAUAAAUAUAAACUGGAUAAAGAGGAAUACGACGCCAAAAUGAACGCCGAAAGUUUCGUCGAAUAUCUGAAUACUCGUAGACUUUUCGACUCGUUCUUCGAGAAUGACCCCGAAGGAUCAGCAUUGCUGCUGAUCGGAGGAGAAGUUACCAACUUGUAUGUCACUUACGAGGAGAAUAUCGUUGGUCUCUGUAAGGACAUUUUCAAGAUAGGCCAGGUGCAACAUGAAAUAAGGCAGAGUGAUUACACAGAUUUCAGAGACAGUGUCGAAACGAUACACAAACAAAAUCAGUCUGAAUCUAUCGAGCACAUGGAAUAUUUCCUGAAGGAAAAACUCAGUAUAUGCGAGCAGUUGAGAAAAAUACGCUGGCUCUUCAACAUGGGGGAAUCUUCGAAGAAAUUGGAGAAAAAAAUGAGGAGACUCCAAAAGAAAUUCGAAGAACUAUCGACUGCGACCUGGAAAUCAGUCAUGAAAUUGGAAAGCACCUUAUGUGAGCAAAUAAUGGAACUGAACGAGACUUACGAACAUGUCCUAUUGGAUUUGAUCAACAAUUUCAUAGAACAAGCGCAAGGAAUCUUUGUAACUAUGAGAGAUGUGGUAGGAGAGUUUAGUGAUAAUCUUCAGGAAAUUGCUCAGACCUACUACGCUACGGUUGUUUUCGAAGAAGAAGAAGCAGAAAAAGAUAGAAUUGAAGCGGAGAAGAAGAAGCAAGAAGAGAUGAAGCGAGACGAAGAAUCCGGCAAAAAGAAGAUUAUGAUGUCAGCAAACGAAAUUAACGUGUUAUCAGAUGGAGUGCCUGAAAAAAAAGAAGAGGAAACGCCUAGAGAAAGGGUGCCACCAGGAUUGAGACCAUAUGUUAAGGACAGAGAAACACUUAUGAAUGCAUUAGCAGGGUCCAGAGAUGUUCACCUCCUGAUGGUCGAUAAUAGGGAGGAUUUACUAGUUUCAAGAGCUAGAGAGUGGGAAGAAGCCGCAAUCAAAAGUUUGUAUGAGAAUGAGAUCCAAAGAAACAGAGACAAGAUUUUGGAGAUAACAUAUUUUAUUGAAGUUCAUACUCAAGAAUUCAAGCAACAAUGGUCUGAAUUAGAUGAUCUGCAUAUAAGCAUUCCUCCUGAUAAUAUUUCACUGUUGGGCCAGAAUCCCUCGGAAAUCUCUGGAGGUCCUGGUAUCGAUACAUUAGAAGAUAACGAAGAAAAUUGAAAAAAAUUUGUUUUCACUUGAAUAUUUUUCUUGAUGUUUCGAGUUCCUUUUUCAUUCAAGAUG